UAAUACUCUGAACUUCAAAUAAAAAACAAGUUCAACCAACUACGCACUAUGCACACCAAAUUUAAGAGCCUUUGUAACCAAAGUGGCUUUGGGUGGUGUGCGGAAAAAGGUACUGUUACUGCUGAUGAUACCCUCUGGGAGAAGCUCUAUAAGGUUAAUAAGAAGGCCAAGCAUUUCAGGAAAAAAGGUUUCCCACACUAUGCAGCGAUGACCCGAAUACUUGGAGAUAGCACUGCAAUAGGAUUCAAUGCUCACCCGUCAGUCUAUUCCCCGUUUGGAACAGAUAGUUCUGGUCCCUCAUUCCAACUCAAACAGGACAAAGACGAUGGCGAAAUAGAAGUAACGAAUGUAGUGGUUAGUAGAAAAGGGAAAAAGGUUUUUGAUAUGAAGGCUUUAAAGACUACUGAGGCAAAGGAGAGUAGCAAAAGUAAGAAGAGGGACUCAUUGUCUGUGAACCUCAGUGCAUCUUUAAAUGCUCUUGCAGAAAGUAGCAAGAGGAAGGUGGAUAUCCUUGAAUCAAAGCAUAAUGCUAAGAGCACUAGUGUUAGUGUGACUUCUCAAGACCAUGGUGAGCCACAAGGUUUGCUGGCUGAGUGCAUAAAAACUCUUAAUGCAGCAUUUUACAAGGAUGCUUUGGUAGCUCUUGUUUCUCUGUCAGAAUUCAUGUUUUUGUACUUUCCUUGCUUGCUUUUAUGAGACUAUGAGAGUGAUUGGAGUGGUUUGAUUCAGUUUGACGUUAGAUUGGUUUGAUUCAAUUUGAAUUAUCCAAUGGUAGAAUUGUUCUACCCCGUAUCCUUCUUUCUCUCUCUCUCUCUCUCUCUCUCUCUCUCUCUCUCAUGUAUCGUUUGGGAAUUAGUGGA